AUGGCUGCUGAGUUGGAUUUCUCCCCACCUGAGAUCCCUGAGCCCACAUUCAUGGAGAAUGUGCUGCGCUAUGGACUCUUCUUUGGAGCCAUCUUCCAGCUGAUCUGUGUGCUUGCCAUCAUCCUGCCUGUCUCCAAGUCCCAAAAGGCAGACUCAGACACUUCUGAGCCCAAGAAUUCAGAGACAGUGAAGAAACCGAAGGCAACUGCUCCACAGACAAGCAAAAAACCCAAGAAGGAGACCAAAAAGAAACGAUAAAGACGUGACCAAUGGGCCUCAAAGACAAAACUAUCACCUCCAAUCAUGCUUCCUUGAAGAUGACAUCAAAGGCAACUGACUAUGUAAAUGGUUUUCUGACAUUGUCAUGCUUUACCUUUCGGGGACAAAAAACAAGGAACUUGUAAGAGUGGAAGGGGUGAGGUUCUGCCAUAGAUUUCUUACAAGCAAAGAGGACUUUGCAUGUCCAGGACUUCUCUGACAUCAUUAACGUGUUGGUCACCGUUGAAGUGGCUUCCAUCAUCUCUGAUUGGGUGUAGAGGGCUGUUGUCCUAGCUCCUCCACACUGGCUAGGAUGUGUAGUGAAGUCCUAGGGGAAGGUGGAGCAUGGGUCUGCUGCUUUGGAUUCCGGUUUGCGUUGUAUUUUUUGAAGGCAGAGGGAUCAAAUGGAUCAAGGAGACCACACUACACAGCUUUGUAUUCAUCUCU